AUGAUUAUGAGUAUUGAGCGAAAGGUUAAGACCUAUGGGUUAGGUCAAACCUACUCGCCUAGUACCAAUAGGAGGCACAGAGGAAGAGGCACUACUGCUAGGAAUCAACAACACGAAAACUUUGUUAUAAUAUCCCUUUUCCUUAUUAAGAUCGGGGCUAACAAGAAUGGUUGGGACAACAAACAUCCAUCUCGUUCGUGUUUUGGAUACCCGUAUAAUCAUCGAAGACUGUUGAAGUGACUAAUUCCUGAAAAUUAAGAGGCGUUUAAGACAAAGAAAUUGCUGGAGUCACCCUUUUUUUAUCUAGUACUAACAUACUUGAUGUUAAAGAAAGAUCUUUUCCAAGAAGGUUGGCUAGAGAUUUCUUGUAAAAACACUAGCCCCGCUCAGUU